AUGACUAUUACUUCAAUACCAAAACAAUUAAAUACUCCACCAACUUCACCAACUUUCGAUAAAUAUUAUAAAUCAUUUAAUAUUGAAACACAUCAAUCAAAAUUAAUGCCUCAACCAUCAAAAAUAAAACAUGGAGACCCUUUUAAUUGGCAAGAUAUUCAAUUUAUUAUAAAUUCAAAUCAAUUAGAAUUAUUUGCAAGAUCUGAACAACAAACUAUCAAAUAUCAUAAUUUUAAACAAUAUUUGAAAGAUAGAAAUAUAAAUAUAAAUGAUUAUUUACUAAAUCAUGAAUUACAUUGGAAAGAAGAUGAUUUAAGAGAUCAAGAGUUCCCAAAUGAUAAACUAGAAUAUGAUUUAAAUAAUAAACAAGAUUUAAUAUUUUUCAAUCCAAAUGAUUUAGAAAUACUACCUAAUAAGUUUCCAUAUUAUUUUGAUUCAAAUAUUAAACAUUUAUGCGUGUGGUCAAAAUUAAAAAUACCAAAUGAUUCAAAAAGUGAAGUUGGUGAUAUAUCAGAAUUAAGUAAAAAGAUUAUACAUAAGUAUUUAGAGAAAACAUUUGUAAAUAAGGGUAUUAAAUGGGAUCAAAUUGUUUGGUUUAAAAAUUGGCUAACAUUACAAAGUGUUAAAAGUAUUAGUCAUAUUCAUAUUUUAUUAAAAGAUGUUGAUGAUGAAUUUAUAGAUAGUUUGAUUGGUAAAAGUGGUGAAGUUUUAACAAUUGAAGACUAUAGAGAUUUGAUAGAUUAUUAA